GAAAGCCGAUCUGUCGAGGUCCAACUUUAGUUGCCGAAGGACCUUGUGUUUUAUGCAGGUGCCGAAGCGCGAUCAACGAACGAAAAAGAACGAGGAAUUAAGUGAUGGACUGAUUCUGAUACCGCGAUACGUUACGGAGUCUCGCAGUGGAUUAGAUCGGCGCAGGUCAGACGGCGAGGUGUUUAAUAGUGCUCCGUUUUCUAUAUUUAUUAUAUAUACAUAUAUAUAUUUAUAUAUAUAUAUAUAUUUUACCGGUUAUUGUAUCGGCGCACGAACUGUGCUCAGUGAUCGGGGAUCUUCGGUUAGUGAAACAUCAUUGAUUACUUUGGUGACAGACUGAGUGACAAGGUGCUAUUGGGAGCUCGUGUGGCGUUUCGUGGGACCGGCUAGAUGAGAUGACGGUGACCACUAAUUUCUCGAUGAUGCGACCUUGCUUCACAGGAUACCCCUUCCAAGAUUUAGGUUCGAUACCAGGUCAAGGACGGGUCAAUCAGCUCGGUGGCGUCUUCAUAAACGGUCGCCCGCUGCCAAAUCACAUUCGUUUGAAAAUCGUCGAAAUGGCCGCCGCUGGCGUCAGGCCCUGUGUUAUUUCCAGACAGUUGAGGGUAUCCCAUGGGUGCGUGUCGAAAAUUUUGAACCGGUACCAGGAAACGGGAAGCAUCAGGCCAGGAGUGAUCGGUGGUAGCAAACCGCGAGUGGCCACCCCGGAAGUCGAGGCCAGGAUCGAGGAGUACAAACGCGAUAAUCCAGGAAUAUUCUCAUGGGAGAUACGUGAUCGGUUAAUAAAAGAGGGUAUUUGCGACAGAACCACAGCUCCAAGUGUUUCCGCCAUUUCCAGGCUACUACGAGGUCGCGAUCCUGAGGAUGAAGCCAAACUCGGCGACAGCAAAACCAGUUCCGGAUCCGAUUGCGACAGCGAGCCAGGAAUCCCUCUGAAACGGAAGCAGCGUAGAAGCAGAACAACUUUCACCGCUCAUCAAUUAGAUGAGCUGGAACGAGCGUUCGAAAGGACGCAGUACCCGGACAUUUACACGAGAGAAGAGUUGGCGCAAAGGACCAAGUUGACCGAGGCCAGGAUUCAAGUCUGGUUCAGUAACCGGCGAGCCAGGCUCAGGAAACAGUUGUCCUCAACUACUUCCGGCGGCUACGUCAGCUCUGUCGCUUAUCCCACGGCCUCGUACGUUCUUCAUCCUCCAGCCGCGCCUCAUCCGCAUGCAGCGACCGCUGUCCCGCCGAAUCAUCCGCACCCUCACGCUCAUGGCCAGACGCUGCCCGAUAGCACUUUCUCCUCAAGUCAAGUACCACAGCUCUACUCAUCGCACCACGACAGCAUGUCGCACCAGCUGACCUCGGAUUCAUCUCGGCUAUCUUCAUCCGUCGGUACGACCCCGACUUACGGUCUAUCGACGUCGGUAACCUACCCCAGUUCGCUUCUGCCGCCAACCUCAUCCAGCAGUACGACUCACAUGAACCACCAAGUAUCUCCGGUGGCAACCGCCCCCUCUACGUACCAGCAGGCUGGCAGUCAUCAGCUACCGCCGACCCCUAAUUCUCUGGUUACUAUGAUGGGCCCCAAUUCGAACAACUCGAACCCAGCGUCGGAUCAACUUACAUCCUCGGAUCUGCCGAUCAGUUCAGUGUCACCCGUGCAACAACAGCAACAACAGCAAGCGAGUCAAGGAAGUUCGUCGCCGUCGUGGAACUUGCAGAUUUCUUCAACUGGUCGCGUCGGACUACCGAGUCCGCCCUCAAGCUUGCAGCAACCCCACGCGCACGUUUCCCAUCCGCAUCAGACGUUCGCUAGCCAUUACGGUUGUCAGAGCUUCCAGCAACCGCCCAGACCCGCGCCUCAUCAACCCUUUUACAGUUGGUAUUAAUAUUGAGUAAGUAGAUUGUCUAGAGUCAGGCUUUGGAACGGUGGUGGUGUUUGUAUAAAGGGUGUCCCAUCAUGUGUCGUAUUUUUUUAGAUGGGAGAUUCCUGAGGUGAUUGGAAACAAUAUUUUCCUAUGUCGAAAUGUUCUCUGAGGUGUGGUUGUCGAAUUAUUAACGAAGAACCGCGACCAAUCAGAGCGCUCGUAUAUCGCGCGCUCAGGAGAGUGACAACUGCCUCGCAGUCGGGGAGCUCACGACAUUUUGAGGGUAGUGAUCGACCCAAAGCUUAUUUUCACCCACGUGUAAGUUUUUGUACCGUACAUAAGUGAAAUGA